AUGACGAUACAUGAAGAGCUCGUUAUUGUCUUCUUACAUCCACCAUACACCUGUGAGAAGCAAGGAAAAAGCAAUUUAAGAAUUACGGAGGUUUCACGAUGUCUUAUCGACACAAAACAUAAUUUGAUAAGAAUCAUUGUCGGUCUCCGAUUCGAGACAUCGACAGAAAGUUAUUAUGCAAAUACCGAAGCUAUAAAAGAAACUUUAUUGCUUAAAAAAAGAAUGAAAUGCAGAUUAGAUGCAGUACUAGAAUUUAUAGAAAUAUGUAGUGGAAUAAUUUCUAGUACAACAUUCACCCUGCUUCACAAUUCUUUUUAA